AUGUGUUGGAUCUCAUCAAAUGUGCCAUUCUUUUCUACAAAUAAUUCGUCCUCAUGCCGCCGUGCUUUUUAUAUUAAUAGAGCAAAUAAUGGCACAAUAAAUUCAACAUCCUCUGUUGCUUUCUCGGCACGUUCAAUGGAGAGAGGAAAUAGUGGUGAAGGUUCUCCUUCGAUUUGUGAGGUUGUUAAUAGCUCUCCAAAUGCAUCUGUUCGUGUUAUGUUUAGGCAAAGAUCGAGGAGAUUUUUUUGUUCUUCUGAAGAUCCAUUAAUUCGUCUACCUACUGAUGUAAUCCCUAUCCAUUAUGAAUUACAUUUAAAAAUAUAUCUGCCCUACAAAAAUGGAAUUGAUUAUGUGGAUAGAAACUUUACUUUUGAUGGAAAUCUUCGUUUACAUUUACUCUGUCGGCAAACAACAAAUGUUUUAUUAUUACAUUCAAAAUCAUUAGAAAUUGAUUAUGAUAAAGCUACAAUUUGGAUGGGUGGAGGAACCACUAGAUUAGAAGGGCCGAGAAUAAUUGGUUGGAAAGAAUUAGCAGGACGGAAUGACCUUUUGGAAAUGAGAUUAGAUAGAGCUUUAUUGCCUGGAAGAAAUUAUAUUUUGUUGGGAUAUAAAGCAAAGAUUGGGAAAAACUCACAGGAAGGUGGACUUUAUCAAAGUCAUUAUUUAAAUGGAGCAAAUGGAGAAAAUAGAUAUAUAGCUGCAACACAAAUGCAGCCAUUGGAUGCACGAAAAAUGUUGCCAUGUUUUGAUGAACCUAGUUUUAAGGCGGAAUUUUCUAUAUCAGUCCAACAUCCAGAUGGCACUGUAGCACUAUCAAAUGCACCCAUUGAACAUACAAGAAAUGUUGAAAGAGGAUGGACACUUUCAUUAUUUGAAAAAACCCCAAAAAUGGCCACAUAUUUAUUGGCACUUGUUAUUAGCGACUUUCAAUAUCGAGAAGCAUCUUAUAAUAAAAUUAAAAUAAGAGUUUGGUCACAAGCUUCAAAACUUGAUUAUACUUCUCAUGCCCUAGAAGUUUCUGUUAGAUCUUUAAAAUAUUUUGAAGAUUAUUUUGGAAUUAAAUAUCCACUCAAAAAACUUGAUAUAUUUGGCGUUCCUGCUCUUCGUGUAGCUGCAAUGGAGAAUUGGGGCUUAAUCAUAUGUCGUCAACAGAAUCUAUUAUAUAUAGAAGGUGUUCAGGCACGUAGAGAUAAACAAUUUGUUACUGAUGUUUUGGCACAUGAAAUUGCACAUAUGGCACGUUUUAAAUAUUUAAAAAAUAAUUUUAAAAUUCAGUGGUUUGGGGAUUUGGUUACAAUGGAAUGGUGGGAUGAUUUAUGGCUGAAUGAGGGAUUUGCGACAAUAAUGGGCAUGAAGGCAGCAGAUUAUGCAGAGAAUUCAACAUCAAGAACGAGUCAACUUUUCUAUGAACAUACAGUCAAGGCAUUCCGUUUUGAUCAAGUUGCCCAUCAAGCACAUGCUUUGAGCUAUAAAAUAUCCUCUGUUCGUGAAGUUGCCAGACGUUUUGAUAGAAUUACUUAUUUAAAAGCAGCAGCUGUAUUAAGAAUGGUUGAACAUACUGUUGGAGAAAAUAUUUUUAGAGAAGGUCUUCGAUCUUUUCUUCGAAAUUAUAAAUUUAAAAAUGCCCGUUCUGAUGAUCUUAUUAGAGUAUUAAGGCAUAAAUAUAUUUAUUAUUUAUUUUUUACAAUUUUACUUAAAAUUCUAGUGCUGUCGAAACUAACGGAAAAAGCCGUGUUUUUUCAAUUGUUAAUUUUUCAUUGAGU